CGGCGUUCGGCGGCCACCUGGCUUUCCCGCCCGCCGGCGGCGGCGCCCCCGCCGCCGCCGUGGUGUGGCUGCACGGCUUCGGCGACGGCCCCGAGGGCUGGGCCGAGGGGCUGCGACCGGCGCGCCGGCGCCACGGGGGCUGGAAGUGGGUCCACGUCAGGGCCCCGGAGCUGCCGCAGACGUGCUGCGGGGGCGCGAAGGUGUCCGGGUGGGGCGACUACCGCGAGGAGGGCUGCACGGAGGUCGGGUCGGAGGACUACGACAGCGAGGCGAUCGUCUCGGACGCCACGCUCGCCGAGGUGCACCGGUUGCUUCAGGAGCUCGAGGCAACCGACGGGGUCCCUCCAGAGCGCAUGGUGCUCGGCGGGUUCUCCAUGGGCGCGACCGCGGCCGCG